AAUAGUGUUGUAAAACCUUCGCGCCAUUUUUCUCGUAUCAAUCACCUCCUGCAUUUUUUCGCAGAAAUUUCAUUUCCUGCAUUUUUUCGGAAUGUUAAAGAAUGCACGAUAGAAAAAAGGAUUAUCAGAGUGGUUAUGUGCUAGCGUGAGGGUGUGCAUUUUGGUAUUGUGCGUGUGUUGGCAAUUGUAUGUGUGCGUGUGCAAGUAGUAAGAAAAAAAAGGCCAAAUCCAAGAGCUUAAACUAUGUACGAAUGUAAAUCAAGAGACAAGAGACAACAAUGACUGAUGUAAAUUGUCUUACAAGUGAGCAAACAACAACAACAACAACCACACCAACUACUACUACCACAACAGCUGAAGAGGCAGCCAAUUAUACCACGCCCACUAAAAAUGUACUGGAACAGCCGCCCACAUCGCCUUUCAUAUUGAGAGCACCGCCCAGCGCCAAAUCCAAAUUAAUCUUACAAAACAUGGAGGAAGUUUUGAAUACCGUGAAGCAAAAGCAUCGUGAGAAACACAAGCGAAAGCGCGAAGAAAAACGACGUGCUGCCCUGCUAGCCGAGCAAGCGACAGCAGUUGAAGCCACAAAUGCUGCCGCAGUGCCCGCGGCCGCGGCAACAACAACAACAACAACGCCGAAUGGCCGCCACGUGCUGCGAGAGAAAACGGCGCGGGAGAAUGGCUUGAGUCAAGCGAAGCGUAAAUCGAAUAGCAGCCCGGUCAAGAGCACAACGCCGCAAUCGUCGAUCAUGAAGGCUGAGCCGGCGAGCAAAACCCCAGCCAAAACCACAAAUGUAUUCGAACUGAUGAUGAAUGCACGAAAUCGCUCUAUGGGCACCAAUGCCAAUGGCCAGGAGCUGGCCGAAGCCGUGGAGCCCAUAGUCACGCCUCAUACCAAACGCAAGCAAAUGCUGCAAGAGUGGAACGACCGCAAAGGCGGCGCCAAGCGGCGAUUGGCGGACGAGGCACGUGGCGACUACAUUGAGCAGAAAAUGGAGCAGCGGGCCAAGCGGUUAAAGAAAAUGUUGACUCAACCCAACGAGCUGAGCGAACGAAAGCAAUCCAACAGCGGCAGUCGGGAGCUACCGCGGGUGCGUAAGCAGACGAGCAGCGGUCAGGAGACGAAGGAGACAAUCAACAUCCAGGAGGUGCAGAAGGAGAGCACGCAAACGCAGACACAAGCAACUUCGGCUCCAACUAAAAGAAUGCGCGGACGUCCACGCACGCGGCGGCUCAGCGCAGAUGUGGAGACAGCUCUGCCCGUUAGUGCCGAUCCCGAAACGCUGCAGUUUCUAUCGAAGCUGUCAUCGCCCACCAAGAAGCGCGACAGCCUGUUGGGCUACUUUACCAAAGUGGACUCGCCACAGAACUCUGCGGAAAGAGAAAAAGAAAAACCGGAAAUCAAGUUGAUCGAGGAGACAAUAGAGACGCCCAAGCGCCGGCCACGCGCCAGCAAAUCCAGCUCAAAUCUCAUAGUCAAUGUUGAGGAAACCUCGGCGACAACAACUCCUUCCGGCCGCCCGAGACGCUCGUGUGCGGCCAAGGCACGCUACGACUACGACCUGGAGGUGAGUCCGACUAAGGCCGUUAAGCCAUCGCCUGCGGUGGAGGAAAAUGAUUCCAUAGAAAUCAUAGAUCUGGACAACAGCAAUCCGGCUGUGACGCCAAAGAAAUUGGCGCCGCUCUUCAUGCGGCAGGUGCCCAAGCCGAGUCCCGAUCCCACGGCGUUGCGCGCACGUCAGGAGUUUCUGCACUCCGGCGUGCCAGAGAAGCUGAAGCAGGAGCAGCAACGGCAACGUAGCUACGAGCAAUACUACGAGGACAGCUACGAGCUGUUCCCGAGCAUAGCCCAUGUGGGCAGCGAGCGACUGGAAGUGAAGCAAGCGAGCAAGCGGUUGCCUUUGCGAGCGGAGGAGCAGCAGGAAGAGGGCGCUGCAACGAUAGCUCGCAAAACACGCCCAGGCAGCAUAACCAGCUGCACUGCCUCCGAUUUUGUGGCGAGUAGGAAGAGAGCUCCCUGCAGCUGGACGCCCUUGCCACAGUUGGACAAUAAACGGGCCAUGGUCAAGAACUGGAAGAGCAUCUUCGAUCGUUUUCCCACCUUCAAGUGCUACAAUCAAAUGCGUGAGAAGUAUAGGCAUUUCAGUGCUAUUGAUGCGGCGCAGGACACGCAGCCGAUGGGUGAAUCCUUUGUGAUGACACGACGCACGCGACGUUCCGUCCAACAGCAGGACAUGGGCAAGGAGGAGGAUUUCCAUCCACCCGCCCUGGCUCCCAACGGCGAGCUCCUCUUCACCGAGAAGUAUAAACCGCUGCUGUUCGAGCAGGUCCUCGUGAAUCUGACGCCCGUGCAGGAGCUGCGUGACUUUCUGGCCAACUGGAGCGGCGCCAGCGCCAGCAAUCGGAACUCACAAACGCUCGACGACAGCUCCAACGAUCACGACUCCAGCUCGAUGAGCGGCAGCUGCAACACAAUGGUGCUGCUCGGGCCCUGCUCGAGCGGGAAGACGAAUGCGGUCUUCGCUCUGGCGAACGACAUGAACUUUAAUGUGCUGGAGAUAAAUGCGGGCAUGCGACGCACGGGCAAGAAGCUCAUACAGGAGCUGCAGGAGGCGACGCAGUCGCAUCAGAUACGCAAGGAGGCGAAAGCGGGCGCCGCGCCCACGCAGCAGCUGCUCCAGAAGCUGCAGCAGAAUGGGCUGAAGGCGAGACGCAACCAGGGCGACGACGAUGUGCGAAAGUCUCUGAUACUGAUCGAGGAUGCGGACAUUGUUUUCGAUAACAUCGAUGCUGGCUUCACGGAUGCCAUUUACACACUCGCCGCCAGCUCGAAGCGUCCCGUCAUCAUCGUGGCCAGCGAUCCGAACUGCGCGCACCUGCAGCGCCUGAUGCAGCAGAAUACGAUCAAGUUCCAGGCACCGAACGCCCUGAAUAUCUCGCGCUUCCUCGCCGUGCUGGCGCUCAUGGAGAACUGCCCGAUCGAACUGGAUGAGCUGAUAUCCCUCUAUUUGUUCAACAAUCAGAAUCUGCGCAAGACUCUGAUGGAGCUGCAGUUCUUCAUACAGAGCGGAGGCGAUGCCAAACGGGAGCAAGUGGCACUUGCUGCUCCUCCGUCCGGUUCACCCAGCAGAUCACCCCGCUUGGCCACUUUGCCCGGCGUCCAGAUACAUCAACGUCUCUUCGAGUUCUACACCAGCGCUCAGAAUGUGCAGCACUUGAUACCCUUUCCCGUUGACUUCCGCCUGCUGCGCCUCAAUCUCGGCGAGCUGCUGCGUCACUCCACCCAGCUGCAGUCGCCCUCGACGCCGGUGGCGCGGCGCGUGGGCAAGCGCAAAUCGUGUUCACCAAAGAAGGCGUGGCUCAACAAGAGCGAGGCCCAGGAGCCGCUGCAAACACUGGCCUCCUUCUACGAGCAACUGUCGACGGCAACGCUGCUGGAUGCGACGCUCGAGGAGCGUAACGAUCGACUGCAGCCGCAUCUCUCGGAGCAGCUGGCGCACGAGCUAGUCGAACGAGCCGUCGGCACUUGUCUGGCCGCCAAAAACUAUGCCUACAACUUGUUCGAUAAGCCAGAGCAGCGCUUCAAUCUCUCGGAUCAGCUGGGCAGCUUCCAGUUGCGCUCCAGCUGCGCCCGCUCCCUGGACUAUGAGCCCGCCAUGCGUUCCAUUUGCCGCAGCGAGAAGCAGCGCGCCGGCUUGGAGCGACGCUCGAGUCGCUUCUAUCACUAUCUACGCAAUCACACCAAUCACAAUCUGUCCAGCUUCUCCCUGGAGCUGUACGACGCCGCCUGCCAGGUGCUGCAGGAGCAGGCGCCCUUAGUCGAAUAAUUAGUGCAAAGGAAACGGAUAGAAAAGGCAACCUUAAUGGAAAGUUUAUUUACAUUUGCGCUACGCAAAGUAGAGAGUUGAUCUUAUAUUAGUUAAUGACUGGUUGAGCUCUAGUUAUCUACAGUAAUAAUACACUAAAACGACCUGAACUAUGUUAACAAUUAAAACAAAAACGAAUAC